AUUUAUUGGUUAUUUCUAUAAUUGGUUGCGUCUCUCCCACUUUCUCAUAUUUGACAGCAAGUAUGAAUAUACUCUCACUUCAUUUACUUGUUGCUCUCACAGUUUGUCUCCCUUUUGUCGUCUCUCUUUGCAGUAGAAACAGACCUCUCAUUUUCAACUUCGGCGAUUCAAAUUCAGACACCGGCGGCAUCACCGCCGGUCUGGGAUUGGAAUACCGUUACCCGUACGGCCGAGCCUUUUUCCGGCGACCAACCGGCCGAGCGUCCGAUGGGCGGCUGGUCAUUGAUUUCCUCUGUGAAUAUCUUCACACGAAAUACUUAAGUCCGUAUUUGGAUUCUUUGGAAUCCGACUUCUCGAAUGGAGUCAACUUUGCAGUAACUGGAUCGUGCACACUCCCUAAACUUCGGCCCUUCAAUUUGAAUAUUCAAAUUCUUCAGUUCAAGCACUUCUACAACCGCUCAGUGGAGCUUCAUUCGAAAGGUCACAUAAAUUUGGUGGGAAAGGAUGACUUCAAGAACGCACUUUACACAUUUGAUAUUGGGCAAAAUGAUCUUUCGGGUUCAUUUGGCGCCAUCUCAUAUGCUGAAACUGUUGAAAGAAUCCCUUCUUUCAUAUCCGAAAUCAAAGAUGCUAUGUGGGCCAUAUAUCAACUCGGUGGGCGGAAUUUCUGGGUGCACGGCACAGGACCAUUGGGUUGUUUACCUCGAGAAAUUGCCCUUAGAGAAAAACUAAAUAACAGCAAUUUCGACCAAUAUGGAUGCAUAAAUUCUUUGAACGACGGUGCAAAAGCAUUCAAUGCUGAGCUAAGUUCCCUUUGUGAACAGCUACAUUCUCAAAUGGAGAACUCCACGAUCGUCUAUGUGGAUAUCUACUCCAUCAAGUAUGACCUCAUUGCAAAUUCCACAUCAUAUGGCUUCAAAUAUCCGUUGAUGGCUUGUUGUGGACAUGGCGGGCCGCCUCACAACUAUGUUGAUGAUUUUGACAAGACGUGUUUGGGCACUAGAUUUAGUGUUUGUGAUGAAGGAACACCGUACGUAAGUUGGGAUGGAAUUCAUUACACGGAGGCUGCCAAUGCCAUUGUUGCCUUGAAAAUACUUUCAACUCUUUACUCGUCUCCACCAUUGGAAUUUGACUUCUUUUGUAACUCGAAAAUGCGUUCUACUUGUUAUUUGUCUUCAACAUAGGAGUUUGACUUCUCUUCGCGUAAGCUCUGCUCGUAACUUUGACUCACGAGUUCAUUUGUGUGUUCUAUGGUGGGAACUUAGUGAGCUCUUUGUUGUAAUAUGCUAUAAGUUAGCAAAAAUUCGCACUCCAACGAUUAGGGGAUCCUUAAUAUUUACUCGUCGUAUGUAUUAAAUAUUCAGUCCCACAUCGUUUAUAUAGGAAAAAUGACCUAUUUUUCUUAUAUAAACAAUAUGAGACAACUCACAAGUUAAUAUUUUAAUACACCCCUUGCUUGUGAAGAUUCAUAAAGGGAAGAUUCUAAUAGUAUGCUUUGAUUAAAAUUGUAUGCUUAUAUUGUGAAAUGUAAAACUUUUAUUGAAGUUCUUUUUCGAA